UCUAAGAUAUGGCACUCGCGCAAGAAGCACGGGAAAAUUACACUGGAGCCUGGAAGACAGCUGAUCGGAUAACGCGGGCCCCUUUAUGGACCCUGCGAUGCGCUUUAUUGCCGUUAUUGGCAUAGAGUACGUCAUCUCACGCAUGCGCUGUAGCGUCGCAAUAUAUUGCACCUGACAACACUGGCCCCACACGUAAAUUCGCACGUUUAACCUUACUUUUUGGACAUUCCUGGUAAUAUGGCAGAUAACUUAGCAAAAUUAGGAGCCCUCAGUACCGAACCUCUUUCCCUGGACUACUGUAAACCUAUGCCUGAAGAUAUUAUACACCUACACCAUAAUGCCUGCCUUAAAUCAGCAAUUGAAGAACUAGAAGAAUCUUUCACACACAAAGGCAUCAGAAGAUUCUGUGACGAAAUCCUUCAAGGUCCCUGGUUUGAAGAUGUCAGAGGAGUAAAUAGAAGCGUCAUAACAUUUAUGGCCAGGUUAAGAUCUCAUCACGUUGCCACCGGUCUACACCUUAUGGACAAAAACAUCAUCGAUGAUGCUACAUGCGAAUGUGGUUGGUCCAAUAGGGACCUGGAGCACAUCUUAUUCAGAUGUCCCAUCUUCGCUAAAGAAUCGGAUUCUUUGUUGCUCCGACUGUUCUACACGGAUGGAACUUCUGCUACAGGGAAUCUCUAGGCUGCAGCCUUUAACAAUCGCAACAUUAACGUAUUCAAAGAGAUAACCAACUUCCUUAAAUCCACUAACCAAUCCAUUUAACUCUCCCUCCCCUAGACGCAGCUGGAGAAUAGCGUAUGGGUGCAUCCUUCUACCUAAAGCCAUAUACCGAACAGUGGUGCGAUUCUGUAACUCAUUAUUGGAGUUAACGACAGUUUCGUUAUUGUUGCGCAGCUUUUCUACGGUAUACAAAAGCUGCGCAACGAUAACGAAAGUGUCGUUAACUCCAAUAACGAGUUACAGAAUCGCACUACUGAACUGAACUGAACCUUACUUUUACGAGGGUUGUCCCAAAAAUAAUGCACAGCACGCUCUAGCGGGCGUUGUAGGCAACGUAGACAGCUGGUCGAAGCGUCAGUGUGUAGAUUGAAGUCUCAAGAGCACGUUGGUAUCAUAUGGUAGUGGGAUUCGUUUAAAGGGAAAAUGCCAAAAAUUCGGAAAGACAACGAGAACAGUCCGUCGGGUCGGAUUUCAGUAACAGAGCAACGUGCGUAUAUUCGCAUCGAAACAGUGCGCGGUAAAAAAGUGCCCGAAAUUCAUGCCGCGUUAAAUAGAAGCGUGUGGAAGGUUUACUGUGAAUCGUAGCACAGUACAGAGGUGGCACACGAAGUUUCGUGAAGGUUGAACAAGCAUCGAAGACGAUCCGCGCGCGGGGCGGCCGUCUACUGUAACAGCUGACAACACAAACGCUUCAAUCAUUGCAACGUUGCUCGACGAAGACCGGGGAAUCACAGUAAGAGAAAUCGAGGCGGGGACAGGAAUCUCGAAAAUGAGCGCGCAUCGCAUUUUAACACAGGUGCUAGGCAAACGAAAGGUGACGGCGCGAUGAAGGAACCCCCUUCGGGGGGUGCGUUUUCCGACGCUGGAAGUGCUCCGAAGAGAAGUGACCCGACAGAUUCCGAUGCUCAAUAAAAACGGGACGCUGAACGGAAUUCAAGCACUUCCGCGCCGCUGGCAAGCGUGCAUUGAUGAAGGAGAAGAUUAUAUUAAAGGCCUGUAAUCACUUGUAUAUUCUUCAAUAAAUAUUUUUUUAGUUAGA